AAGGAAGUGACGUCACAAACGCUUGACGCUCUAGAACGCCGCACUCGCUCUCCUUAACCCCUGGGGCUCCGCAAGAGGCGGAGAGGCUGCGGGAGAGUCUGGCGGGGGGAGAUCCAAUACAGAAAUUUAAAAUUAUUUGUAAUCUUUGCAAGCCAAAAUUUUCUGUUGCUGGGAAAAAAAGAGCGGAGUCACUUGGAAGGAUCAGAGUCCUGAGGCGCCAGAAAUGCUCCUGUGAAGGAAAAGGCAUCUGGAGACCCAGAAGAGUCCUUGGAGCCAUUUGGAGUUGCUCUGCAGGAGAGAGAAAGGAUGGAGACACAACCUUUGGGAAAGGAGGGAGCCGGGAAAGGCCCUUCAGCUGCUCAGCCUGGGAAUUGGGGGAAGCUCUGGACAAGAAACGGGCAGAAGAUCCUGGAGAAGGAAACCAUCCUCCCUUCAGAAGUUCAGCCCUGGAAGUUCAUCCAAUAUCGGGAGGCUGAGGGUCCCCGAGGACUUUGCAACCGACUCCAUGACUUUUGCAGGCGAUGGUUGAGACCAGAAAAGCACACCAAAGCCCAGAUGCUGGACCUGGUGGUUCUGGAGCAGUUCCUGGCUCUUCUGCCCCCAGAGAUGGAGAACUGGGUGCGGGAGUGUGGAGCAGAGACUAGCUCCCAGGCGGUGGCUCUGGUGGAAGGCUUCCUCUUGAGCCAGGCGGAGGAGCAGAAAGAGCAGGUUGAGAUGCAGUGCUGCUCUGUGGACAUCAGAGAUCCUGAGGGAAAGAGGAACCCAUCAAACUCCCCUCAGAAGCUAUUUUUUAGGAGGAUACCUUGGGAGGAUCAAAGUCAGGAGACCUCAGGAGCCGCUCUCAGUCAGUGUUGAUAGGAUCCAGCCCUCUGUUGUGUCUCGUCCGAUCUCACCACCACAGCCGGGGUCUGCUUAUCUGCUUCCGAAUGCUGAAGAAUGUCCUAGCAUGCCUCCCGGCCCCAGCCCUGGCUCCAUGCCCAGACAGGCUGAGGAGGGGGCAUCUCCCAGCCCCAGCCCUGGCUCCAUGCCCAGACAGGCUAAAGAAGAGCAAGUAUCUCCAGCCCCCAGCUCUGGCUCCAUGCCCAGGCAAACGGAGCAACUAGACCCCUCCCCCUCCUCCACAGCAUGUGAGCCUGAGGGAGGUCAAUUGCCAACAGCUGCCGAUUGGAGUGACCCUCGCGUCAGAAGACUUGAUAGGCGGAGGCAACAGAAGGAAGGGAGGGGCAGGCCUGGAUAAGUGCUGAGUCAUGGAGCCACACCCCAUGGCCUAUAUAAAGGAUCUGCUUUCUGGCAUUCUCUGAGUCAGGCAAAGUCUAAACAUAUCUUGCUGAAGUCACUUUCUGGUCUCCUGCCUGCCCUGAGGACUUUGCUAGGACUUUGGCAGAGCUGCAGAGGCACACCUGAUUCGGAUUUCCCUGACCCGGCCGUCAGCGGAGGAGUGGGACACGACACCCUCGUCCACUGCUUUGCGGGGUUCCGCAGGGCUCGGUAUUCUCUCCGCUCCUCUUCGAAAUUUAUAUGAAACUGCUUUGUAAGAUCAUCUGCCAGCAUGGACUGAGAUAUCUUGCUGUACGUCUCGGCCCAUGGUGGGUUAAAUGAUGCUGUGUCCUCCCUCUUGCAGUGCCUGGAGGCUGUUGGGGGCUGGAUGGGGAGCAACGGGUUGAAACUAAACCCUGGCAAGACCGAGUGGCUCUGGGUUUGGGGUUCAUUGGCCAAGGGAGAAUUGCCACCUCUGGUCUUGGAUGGGGUGGCACUACCCAAACAGACCCUGUGUGUAAUUGGGUUUUCUCCUAGACUCACAACUCCUGCUUGAAGAGCAGGUGGCGGUCGUGUCCAAGAGGGCCUUUGUGCAACUACGGGUUGGCCACCAGUUAUGCCCCUUCCUGGGCCGACAAUCCCUAUUCACAGUCACUCAUGCCCUAGUCACUUCCAUUCUUGACUAUUGCAACACGUUCUACAGAAGCUCCAGUUGGUGCAAAACGCAGUGGCCAGCAUGGUUUUCUGCAGACCCCGGUGUGCACAAGUAUCUCCUGUAUGAGUUGCAUUGGCUGCCAAUUUGCUUCCGGGUGCAAUUCAAGGUGCUGGUUGUCACCUUUAAAGCCCUUCAUGGCUUGGGACCAGGUUAUCUGAGGGACCAUCUCUUACUGGUUACAUCUGCCCAACCAACCUGAGUGUGGAGGCAGGGAAUGUUGUGUGUCCCAUCUCCUAGGAAGACACACCUGGUGAGACCCAGAAGAAGGGCCUUCUCCAUGGGGGCUCCCUCUCUGGAACAUCAUCCCCUGCAGAGAUUAGAAUGGCCCCCACUCUAGCGCUCUUCUGGAAGGCGUUGAAGACCUGGUUCUGCCAGUGAGCUUGGGGAGCCCAGAGCGGGAUGGAGCUCAUUAAAUGGCUCCUGUGUGGUGCUGUUGCCAGUGCGUGGGGUGGGAGUGAUUGUAUUAUUGUAAUGUAUUAUAUAAUUCUCCUUUUAUUAGUUUUAUUAUUUUAAUAUGGGUUUUUUUAAGCCGCCUUCAGUCGCCAUGUGCAGAUAGGCAGCAUUUAAAUUGUCUAAAAUAAAUAAAUAAAACA